AAUGCAGAUGAGUAACGAUUUUUAGGUUACCUCGCAUAUGGUAUAAUCUGCGAAAGUGGUAUAUAUCUGGCUCGAGCUGUAUCCGCAGGAUAUUGACAAAAUGUCCAGGAGAAAUUCCGGAGACGAUUAUAGAAAAGGGUCAAGUGUCUACAGAACCGAGGACAGGAGAGAGGAUGACAGAGGUAGGGACCGUUCUCCGCUCAGAACCGAGGAACGUAGCAGUACAGACGAUUGCGAUCAGUUGGAUGCAAAGAAACAGAAGUUGGCGUUUGGUUUUGGGAAAAAGACUGGCAAUGAACAGAAGAAAGGAAUUCAAAUUAAACUAGGCUCUUUCUCUAAGUCAACUGCGAAGACAACAACAGUACAAAAACCGACGGUAGCCUCGGUGUUCAACGCGGACGAUGAUGAAGAACCAGAAGAGAUGCCGGCAGAAGCGAGAAUGAGGAUGCGGAAUAUCGGGCGUGAGACACCAACAUCAGCUGGGCCAAAUUCGUUUGGUAAAACAAAACAGGGAUUCUGCGACUCUAAGAAAAUAUUUGAAAAAACGCUAAAAAAAGCAAUGGAAGAGGCAAACAAAUGAUUUUCCAUAUAUUAUAUAUAUAUUUACACACAUACA